AUGCGUGAACUCAUCACGCUCUGCGCGGGCCAAGCCGGCAACCAGAUCGGCUCGGCCUUCUGGCAGACCUGCCUUGCCGAGCACGGCCUCAACGAUGACGGCACCUACGUUGGCGACAACUCGAACCAGCUCGAGAAGAUCGGCGUAUUCUUCCAGCCCUCUGGCCAGGAGGGCAAGUACGUCCCUCGCUCGAUCCAGGUCGACCUCGAGCCCGGAACGCUCGACCAUGUGCGGUCCGGCCCGAUGGGCAAGCUCUUCCGGCCCGACACGUUCGUCGGCGGCCAGUCGGGCGCCGGCAACAACUUUGCCAAGGGUUUCUACACCGAGGGCGCCGAGCUGGUGGAGAACGUGAUGGACGUGGUGCGCAAGGAGGCCGAGCGCGCCGACGGGCUGCAGGGCUUCCAGCUCAUCCACUCGCUCGGUGGAGGCACUGGCUCGGGCCUCGGCACAAAUCUGCUGACGAAGCUGAGAGAGGAGUUCCCUGACCGCAUGCUGGCCACCUGGUCGAUCCUGCCAUCACCGAAGGUGUCCGACACUGUCGUCGAGCCGUACAACACCACGCUUGCCAUGCACCAGCUGGUCGAGAACGCCGACCUGUCGUUCUGCCUGGACAACGAGGCGCUGUACGACAUCUGCCAGCGGACGCUGAAGACCAAGGACCCGAACUACAGCGACCUGAACCAGAUCAUCUCGUACGCCAUGAGCGGCUGCUCCACGACGCUGCGCUUCCCGGGCCAGCUGAACUCGGACCUGCGGAAGCUCGGCGUGAACAUGGUCCCGUUCCCGCGCCUGCACUUCUUCAGCUGCGGUUUCGCACCGCUGGUCGCGCCGGGCGGCCGUGCCUACCAGCAGGUCAGCGUGCCGGAGCUCGUGCAGCAGAUGUUCGACCCCAAGAACAUCAUGGCUGCCAUCGACCCGCGUCUCGGCAAGUACCUCACGGUCUCCGCCAUCUUCCGCGGCAAGGUCUCGAGCCGGGACGCCGAGCGGGAGCUGCAGGCUGUGCAGACGAAGAACGCGUCGCAGUUCGUCGAGUGGAUCCCGCAAUGUGUGUCUACGUCCCUCUGCGACGUGGCGCCGCCGGGCCUGCGCAUGUCGGCCACCUUCAUCGGCAACACGACGUCGAUCCAGGAGCUCUUCAAGCGCACACACGAUGCCUUCGCGCUCAUGUUCCGCCGCAAGGCCUUCUUGCACUGGUACACGGGCGAGGGUAUGGACGAGAUGGAGUUCACGGAGGCGGAGUCCAACCUCAUGGACCUCAUCAGCGAGUACCAGCAAUACGAGGCGGCGAGUGCCGACGACGAGGAGCUGGGCGAGUACGCCGAGGAGGGCGAGCUCCCGGCCGAGGAGCCGGAGGAGGAGUACUGA